UUUCUUUGAAAAAUCUAAAAAUGGAGAAUACACUGAUUUUCCUAUGAUAAUCAGUAGAAAAUUACCCAUUGAAUUAACCUCCGAAAUAAUCACUUCCAUUCCUUUAAAUCAAAAAUGGGAAAAUAUCCGUGUCUCUGGUUUAUUUGAUAUUUUAAUAAUUAAACAUCAAAAAGAAUUUAUAAUUAAAUUGAAAUUUGAGUAUAAGAGUAUGCAUGAUGUUAUUGGAGAAAUUUUUAAACAAUUGGGUGUUGUGGACGAAUACGUUCCCGGGCCUCUGGUUUCUAAAUUAAAGUAUGGUACUUUGUGUAAUCUUUCUGGAAUGUUUGACGGACUUUUCGAGUGUCUGCACACAUAUUUUUUGAAGUAUUUUAUUGCUUUGCACCCGUUAAUGAAGAAAACUGAUGCCGUUAAAUGGCCUAAUACUAUACCUGAUCUAGACCAGUUCGGAGUUAAUAAUUGUGUUUAUAUGAAGUUGGACAUUAUGAAGGAUGUGUACAAAUAUUUUCGUGAUCUUCCUGCAUCUGAGUAUAGCUAUGCAAACUCUCCUCGGGAUUUGUUUGUUGAGUUUGGAGGUUUACUUAAAGGACAAUUGUGGACUCUCCAAAGUAUUGUUAAACUUUGCAAGAAAUAUGGGGCCGAGGAAGUUGGUGAUUUGUCUGUGCGAUCUGAAACUGCCCCUCCAAAAGCUAACUAA